UUUUAAAGAAAAGGAAUCAAUAUCUAAUAAAAUGUUAGAGAAAAUGUCAAUAGAUUUGAUAGAUUACAAAAACAAUUUAGACAAUAUGAAUAAAGAGAUACAGGUUCAGAUAGAUAAAAAAGAAAACUUAUCACAAGAAAUUAGGAGCCAUUCAGAUUUGAUAUCAACAAUACAAGACGAUGGAAAGAAAAACAUUAUACAUACAACUAAAUUGUGUGAAAAUAUACUGUCUAAGCAAACUGUUAUAUGUAAACUUCUACAACAAAGAUUGAUGCCUAUUGACAAAUUGAUUCAAACUUUUAAUAGACAUUUUGAGAUUAAGGAGAGAAAAGUGAAGAUUGAAACUCAGGAAAAAGAUGUUUUAACCUUGUCACCGGAUUCGCAGACAUUUGCCAAUCAACAAGUUAUACUUCCUACACUGGGGUUUAUUGCUUCACAAGGAGGGUGGAACGGGAUGUUGCAUUUCGAAAACGAAGUUAUUACUUUCAAGUCUGUAGAAUGUAAUGUAGGAGACCAUUUUAAUCCAAACACUGGAGUAUUUACUGCCCCUGUUGGUGGCCUGUAUAAAGCAAGUCUCACAAUAAAACAGACAGGAGAUCGUGCUGUAAUAGCUGGUGUUUAUCACAUUUCUGAUGACGUCGGAUCAUGGCUCGGUAUGAUUGACACAAUAGACAAAUCCGUUAAAGUUUCAGAAACAUUUCAGGUGUAUAUGAAAGCUGGAGAUAAAUUAUUAUCAACAACUUCCUGUGAGGAUUUUGAAUGUACGCAGUUUUCUUGUUUACUCCUUAACACCUAAUUUUCAUAAAGAACAAUAAUUACAAGCAAUAACAAUGAUUUAUUUUGUAAAAUAAAAUAACACACUUUUAGCCAUA